AGGAGAAAUGUCAAAUUUUUACAAGGCACACGAUCCGGUUGUAUUUUGGAAUCAGUACACCGUUUUAUAUUCGUGAAAUUAUAAAAGAAAACUAAUUUCCCGAACCGAAAAUGACGCUGUACCACUUUGGUAACUGUGCGGCACUAGUAUAUGUGCCAUAUUACUUCACCUACAAAUACUCCGGAUUAUCCGAAUAUGGUGCCUUUUGGAAAUGUGUUCAGGCAGGUGGAAUAUAUGUGUUCACACAGCUUUGCAAAAUGCUUGUAUUGGCAACUUUCUUCCCCGACACUGACACGUUCAGCGAAGGUGCACCUUUUAAUUUUAUUGCGGAGUUCUUGCGAUGCAGUGUCGAUCUAGUCGACUUCCUGGGUCUCGCGUUCGUGCUGUCGAGAAUUCCUGGCAAGGGACACAGCAAACUGAUCACUGCCGGCUUGGGAUGGGCUACCGCCGAAGUUAUUCUUUCACGCGGUCUUAUGCUGUGGGUUGGCGCAAGGGGAGCUGAGUUUUCCUGGAUCUACAUUCAAAAGUGUCUGGAAUCGAAUGUAUUGCUCGUGCAACACCUGUCGACCGCUACACUGUUGUGGCUGUUUUCCCGGCAUGAUUUGGAUAAAAAGUUCGCCCCUGUAGUCGUGUUGCUGUUGGUGGCAACUUCAUACCGUGGUGUUUGGUUAGAGGGCACCCUGCACGCAAUGUCCGCCGGUCCAUGGCUUAGCUUGGCCUUGAAAGCUCUCAUUACUAGCUGCAUGGGUGUUGGUACGCUACAUAUCUACUCGGGACUGGCGCAACAGAUUGGACUGUAAAUGGAUGCCAGUGAAGCUACACUUUCUCUGUUCGGUAGUUUAAAAACUAUAAAGUUCAUAGCAAUCAUACGUCA